CUCUGCUCUCACAGUCCGUCCUGCAAAGAGGCACGCUGUUGCUGCUCUGUGAUUUGAAGCAGCAAAAGCCAUGUCUUUGGUAGUCUAUGCUGUGCUCAUCACCCUGUGCAGUGUUUGGUGCUUGAUCCAUGGGGCUUCUGUAGCGGUCCCAGACGUGGCUGUGAGAUGUGCUGAAGAAGUGCUGCUGCCCUGUAAAGUUCUUCAGAACUCCUCAAUCACCUACCAGACAGCGUCGUGGUAUAAAAUGGCUGGAGAUGGUGAAGGAAUAGCAUGGAAAGUCCUUGAUGUGGAAUCUCACUAUCCAAAAGAAUUUGGGGGGUCCCUAGAGCUCUCCAACGACACCUUCUUUUCACUGAGGAUCAGAAACGUGACCAGCCGAAACAGCGGGACAUAUAAGUGCACUCUGGGGGAACAGAGUGGAGAACACAGUCUGAGCAGCACGGUCACAUUAAAAGUAACAGGUUGCCCUGGAAUGGAAGAUGAAAUUAAAAAAUACAAAGCUGAGCUUUUCAUGCUGACUUGCCUUGGGAUUUUCUACUUGAUGCUCAUCUUUUUUACCUGUACAUGUCUAAGAAAGGAGAGUAUGUCUCCCAAUUAUCAAAAAACCAGACCAGAUAUGAAACACAUGCUCACCCUCAUCAGCGUACAUGAAAUGACAACUUUCCAGGAUUUAAACAGCAACAGCAAAAAUGAGCUUACUUCAAGUUCUGUCUAAGUUGAUGCUGGUGGCACCGUGGGCUCAUCAGUAAACACGACACGAGCUGGAUGGCCGAGUGAUAUGGAGAGGAAAUAAAUGCUAAUAUAUGGCCUCUUCAGAACAGCCUGAAAGUAUAGGUAACUUGUCAGGUUGCACUGGACAAGUCUUCAAAAAGCACUGUUAUGCACUACAGUAAAUUUGGGGAGUUAGGCAGCUAAGAAAUACCAAUACAGCUACACAUUGGUGUUACAAUGCUGUUAUGGAGCUGGCAUCAACUUUUUUUCAUGCUGCUUGUUCUGAGCAAGAAACAAAGGCCAGGUUGUAGGGAGGCCAUGGCAGUGCAAAGCCGGAGGAUUAAGCUCUCCCCUGAUCUAAUAGCUCUCAUCUUUCAAAAGCAAACACAAUGGGUGCUGCAGUAUGGAAAGAUAAGUGUGCAGCUCUGCCUCUGCCCCGUGCUCUGAGCCUGAACCUGGAUGGAGUUCCUUUACUGCAAACAGAAUGUACCUUGUCGUGUGAUAUUCAAGUAAGCUACAGAGGUAACUGCAUGGUCUUGUGCUGGGUGAAUCAAACCAACAGUUGUUUUUAAAUCCGAGAGUGACAGAUGGGCUGAAAUGCAAGAAGGGAGGAAAUAUUCUGGAAAUUUUUCUGGAUCAAGAGGAACUUUCUAUCUCUGCAAAAGAAGCAGGGAUGCAUUUGUAUAACAGGUCCGUCAGUUAUUUCCCAGAGGCAUCUCUAUAGGAAUCCAUAUGAAGUUUCAACAAGACUGUUAACCUUAAAAGCAGCAAAAAUAAGAAUGAAGCAGCCUGUGAUAUUAAGGACGUAUAAAGAUGGCUUAUUUUGUGGUUUAUAAAACAUGAAGCCAAAUGUAUGUGACACCUGUGUCAGUCAAGUUACACAGGUGAUGACCAAAGCCAUUGCUUGGAAGAAAUCAACUGUCCAUAUCUUUGGGAUGUAUUAAGUUAGCCGUGAGAUACAGGAAUGGAAGAUGGGGCCUAUGAGUACCUGCUUUUGCUGCUGACAGUGUGUAGCAUAUCUGAAAAAAGGACAUGAGAAAAGCUGGAGGGAGAGAAGGCUUGUCUUCUUGGACCAAAGUAAGCAAGACAGAUUCUGGAGUCUGAAAUCAAGGAACCUCCCUUAUCGGGCUGCUAGUGCAGAAGGUGAAGCCAAUACAUGAGAAUUUUCAAGCAAAUAAGAACACAAUCUUAAAAAAAAAAAAAAAAAAAAUCUUUCAAGAGUUAAACUGCAAUAUUAGGAUUUUUAAUGAAGUUUGGAAUUCCAGGCUGUGACAAGGAUGCUCUUCCUGUAAUCCUUUGACUAAUUUUGAAGCACUGAUAGGAGGAAAGCACUGUGUAUCACUCUCAGUACUGUCUCUGUGAGCCGGGUGGGUGUCUCCACUGAUGGAGUCCAAGGGGCUCCUGACCAGAAGAAUGGUUGCAAGGGACAUGCAAUUUACUUAGGGCAUGGUAAAUUAAUGCCACAUUUGCUUUUUUAUAAUCAAUUUAUACAUAUCAGUGUGUGUAACAUACUUAAAAUAAAAAUUCGGAGGUAACCUACCAUUUGUUUUUGUGUGCCACAUAUGGCAAAUAAACCCAGAAAUACUGCGUA